GCCUCCUGAUUGGCUGCCAGAGCUCUGGUCUUGUCUCGCGCUUCCUGGACCGGCCAAUGGAGUUACCCGUAGUCUAAAGGCCAGGAUCGCUGGAGUGGUGGCGCAGCUGUUUCCUUCGGAUAUACAUCAAAUUUUAAGAAGAAAGAAAAUCAGGAGCUAAGGAUUCUGUUUAAACCUAUAGUUGCUGCUCAGAAAAUAAGGAUGCAGACUCCAAAUUGUUGGUUUACAUGUGCUUCAAGCAAGAGCAGUAUACUAAAGGAGAGAAGUAAGCUGUGUUGAUCAGUGACUUUGGUGAAAACUGAGAUAACUGAAACGAAUUUGCAGAUGAUACAUGACUUCUAAGAGAGAGAGGCAGAAAGUCAAGUAGGAAUUGUGCAAACUCUUCUCUGCAACACUUUGGUAAUAAGGAGACAUCCUCUAAUAAAUGGAAGAAAAAGGCUACUUCUUCUAAAGUGCUUUGAGCCCAAGAAAGAGCUGUCUUCAGCACCUCACCAUGUGUCUACUUUCUGUUGCGUAGACAAGCCUCGUUUCUAUACCAUUUGCAUUCCAUAUUGGAAGAGGAGAAUUUUGUAUAUGAAAGAAAAUGCCUUUGUUUAGUAAAUCACACAAAAAUCCAGCAGAAAUCGUGAAAAUACUGAAAGACAACAUGGCUAUUUUGGAAAAGCAAGACAAAAAGACUGACAAGGCUUCAGAAGAAGUGUCAAAAUCACUGCAAGCAAUGAAAGAAAUUUUGUGUGGUACAAGUGACAAAGAACCCCCCACAGAAGCAGUGGCUCAGCUGGCACAAGAACUCUACAACAGUGGGCUGCUGGUGACACUGAUAGCUGACCUACAACUGAUAGACUUUGAGGGAAAAAAAGAUGUGACCCAGAUAUUUAACAACAUCCUGAGAAGACAAAUAGGCACUCGGAGUCCCACUGUGGAAUACAUUAGUGCUCAUCCUCAUAUCCUGUUUAUGCUCCUCAAAGGGUAUGAAGCUCCACAGAUUGCCUUACGUUGUGGGAUUAUGCUGAGAGAAUGUAUUCGACAUGAACCACUUGCCAAAAUCAUCCUCUUUUCUAACCAAUUCAGAGAUUUCUUCAAGUAUGUGGAGUUGUCAACAUUUGAUAUUGCUUCAGAUGCCUUUGCUACUUUUAAGGAUUUACUAACCAGACACAAAGUGUUGGUAGCAGACUUCUUAGAACAGAAUUAUGACACUAUUUUUGAAGACUAUGAGAAAUUGCUUCAGUCUGAGAAUUAUGUGACUAAGAGACAAUCUUUAAAGCUGCUCGGUGAACUGAUCCUGGACCGCCACAACUUUGCCAUUAUGACCAAGUACAUCAGCAAGCCAGAGAACCUGAAGUUGAUGAUGAACCUCCUUCGAGAUAAAAGUCCCAACAUUCAGUUUGAAGCCUUUCAUGUCUUUAAGGUGUUUGUGGCCAGUCCUCACAAAACCCAGCCUAUUGUGGAGAUUCUGUUAAAAAAUCAACCCAAACUCAUUGAGUUUCUGAGCAGCUUUCAGAAGGAAAGGACAGAUGACGAGCAGUUCACCGAUGAGAAGAACUACCUGAUUAAACAGAUCCGAGACUUGAAGAAACCGGCCCCCUGAAGACAGUUUCCUGCCAUGGUCAUGUGUCCCCUUUGCCCAGUUCGUACAAUGUCAUAUCAAAAAGUCAUCAUUCUUGGGGAGGCUUUGGAGGUGCCUGUUUUUUCUUAACUACUUGUUCAGGGUGGAUGGAAUAUAAACAUUUGAAUGGAAAAAAUUAAUCUAGAAUAAUAUAUUCAUUUUAAUUAAGUCUGUGAUUAUUUAUGUGAAAUCAGAGCCAUUGUAUUAGAAGUUGAUGGAUGAGUCAUCACAGAGGAGCUCAAAUGUCAGGCUCCUUGGAGUCCUGGGGUGGGGUGGGGGGACUAAGGGUGUGGCCAGGAUGUGGGAAAUCCCUCUGCCCAUCUGUACUUGAGCAGAUUUCUUAAGGUGCAGGAAGAUGCCAGAGGACAAGGCGACUGGUGUCAGUCCUGGGUGUGCUUUUGUCUCUGCCCUGUAUAUCAUUGUCAUCUCCCCACCCCACCCAGGACUGGGGAUUGAAUCCCGGACCUUGCAGAUGCUAGGCGAGUGCUCUGCCAGUGGUUACAUACCACGCCCUGCCCAGGAUGCUGACUAUAAUUAAUGGCUUCCCACCUCUCAGCUCACUUUCUGCUCACUGUCCCACGUUCCAUCCCAUGCCCAACCCAUGGCACCCACUCCAGCUGCAGUGGGUCAGCAGGGAGCAACCAAGUAGGAUCAGGGUGGGUCAACAAGGGCUGUGAUGUAUAUAAAGGACCCACAGGGCGGACCUGCUCACAGGAGAACUGCAAACAGGUGGUUCCAGACAAAGUCACUGCUGUUCCAUGUUGACUUCUGGAGGGUCAGUGAUUGGAGUAUUUCAUUCAUAAUUGUCACUAUGGAAUGAAUGUUUAUGGUGACAGUGUAUUUUUAAAUGAGUAGAAAUCAUUGCAUUGGAAUUGUAGUGGGUACAAACCAUAGGUCCAGAGGGUCACAGUAGGGGACUUCUACCAACAGGCGACAUGGCCCAUGGAAAGGCAAAUGAUUCAUACAUGAAAAAAAAAAAAAAAUUCAAAUGACUAAAGGUUCUUUUUUCCCCCAGUUGUGACAUUCUGUCACUAUUAAGAAGUCGUCUGUGAAAAAGUAAAUCUAAAAACUUUGGUUCCAAAUGCUCUCUUACAUUCCAGGAUAAUUAAGGAGUUAAUCUAUGUUCCUUUGAAAGGUCUAGAAACUAAAGAUAAAUAAGUUUUUUAAAUGUUAUGACUUGUUUUCAGACAUCAAAUAUAUAAAAUUAAAUUUUCAAGCUAUUUCUAGAACAUGAAGGGUACAAUGGCUACUCUGUGUUUUCUAUGAUUCUGUUUCUAAAUCAUGAGCUGUUCCCUUCUAUGGGAACUCUCAAAUUUUACAAAACUUGGGUGCUGUGUUCUUUCCUUCAGCCAGAGAGUUCUCCACCCAGAGAGGGGAAAGAAAUGCGUUGUCUAGGAUCAGUGCCCUUGGUAGAUUUUGUACCUGAAGAAUGACCUGGCAGGGCAUGUCCCUUCCUGGCUGGGGUAUAGGAGCCCUGAGGCAGAUGGUCUGGGUGGGACCUGCCACACCUUCUCAUAGCAGCUCUGGCAUGUGCCAGCAAGAGGGUCUGUGCCAGCUCCUGAGGACCUGGGUUUUCUGGUCACUGAAGUCACAUUAUUUUAAUAACACUCCCUGGAAGUCCAAAGUCCCUUAGAAUUUGGCUUUUCUGGGUUUGCUUAUUUGAUUAAAAGAGAUGAGUGCAAAUAUUUUUAAAGGAAAAUGAAAUAACCAUUGGAAAUGUAUUUGGUUGCUUAAUGAUGUUACAUAACAUCAUGGGACACAUGUUUUUCAUUGAAAACUAAAACUUUAUUAUAAUUUAUUUUUACAAAGAAAAUAUUUUAUUUUCUCUGGGCUUGAGUUAGCUCUUCCCUAGUGUCCCCUUAUCGUUACUCCGUACCUGUCAAAAAGAAAACUAGUUUCCCACAUGGUAAAUGAAGUAGCUGGGGUUUUGCUGUGAUGUGAGUUUGUAAAUUAUUAACUCAAAAGGGGAACAGGAAGCUCACCGUCAAACUGUUUGCACAAAGAUCACUGUAAAUAUUGUGAGAAUUGAAUUUUGAAAAGGUCAUAUUUAAUAAUCUAUUUCUAAAGCACAUGUUAAAGACUGACUAAAUAAAAAGA